AUGUUUUGCAGCGGUUCACACGUGCUGUCUAUUAUACUACACCUAGUACCUGGUGUAUCUGACCUGCAGGACUCAAUCGCAUUGCCAUCGUCUUAUCAGGAUGACAAAGAAUCAAAGGGUGAACGUGUGAUAACUGCGUCCCCAUUGACUGCCGAGAAUGAGGAGAAACAUCCGGAGAAGGAUACGGCGUGGUUACUUGACGACCACUCACGCGGAGUCCAUGUGAACAUCUAUCGUCAGGGUGAUUCUGCGACCGUAGUGAAACAUCGCCGACAUUUCUCACCCUAUUUUGCUCUUUGUCUUUCCACAUUUUCUUUGGCUUUUUGCUGUUUCCUUGUUCACGGUGCCGUUGCUCGUCAACCUACUCAUUUGCUACCAUUCUUUUUCCUGCAAGUUUUCGAUUUCAUCAUCUCAUUGCUCACCGUUGUUGGUUACGUAUCGUCCACUUCUGAUGUUCGUCUCUGGCUGCAUACUAAGAGUGGUCCUAUGUACAUCAACUCCACCAGUCUGACUUUUCUGCUGUUGUCGAUCUCGUGCAUGGUGUUAGCAUUCAAGGCCUACUGCUUGGGUAUGGUUUGGGAUUGCUACAAAUACUUAAUGCUAACCAAUCAUCAUGGUCAUGCUGAUGACUGGACCGGCAAUCGAAUUGGUUUCCUGCCCACAAUCUGGGGCUUUUUGGGAGCUGGUCGUCGCUCAACUUUGCUCCGCAACAACCUAAGCUCCGCAGAUCAGCGAGCGUUCGGAGCAGAUUCAGACCGUGCUGGUGUGGUGCGACCGCCUGUCUCCUAUGACCAGACGAACGAUCUCCCGAACUAUGAGGACGCUUUAAAAAUUCCGGCCAAUGCUUACGCACCACCUCCAUAUUUCUGUCCGUCGGACUCUAAUAAGCAGAAUGUCGAGAACACCAAUCGUCCCCCAAACGCAGACAAUAAUCCACCUGCGCCAUGA